CCGCGGGUCAGCGACGGCGGCCGGGAGGCGGAAGUGGAGGUUGUUGUGGCUCCGAGCGGGGAGCUGCGGCUGCUGGGGUGGCGGCUGCUUCGCUGAGGUGGUGGCGGCGCUUCCCGUCCCGGGCCGCUCGGCCUCUAGGCUCGCUUCCCAGCCUCGCCUUAGCCCGCCGGGGCCCGCGUCUGCCCUAUGAGUGUGUCACUGGUUGUCAUCCGAUUGGAGCUCGCGGAACACUCGCCCGUCCCCGCUGGCUUCGGCUUUAGCGCCGCGGCCGGGGAAAUGUCUGAUGAGGAGAUCAAAAAGAAGACACUAGCUUCAGCUGUAGCCUGUUUAGAAGGGAAGUCACCAGGGGAGAAAGCAGCAAUCAUACAUCAGCAUCUUGGCCGUCGAGAAAUGACAGAUAUGAUCAUUGAAACCAUGAAGUCCAACCCAGAUGAGCCGAAAGCUACAAUAGAAGAAAGGAAGUCUUCAGAAGCAUCCCCCACUGCACAAAGAAGUAAAGAUCAAAGUAAAGAAUGCACAAAUGCUGCUCCCGAUUCUCCAUCCAAACAACUUCCAGACCAGAUUUCCUUCUUCAGUGGAAAUCCAUCAGUUGAAAUAGUUCAUGGUAUUAUGCAUCUAUACAAGACAAAUAAGAUGACCUCCUUAAAAGAAGAUGUGAGGCGCAGUGCCAUGCUGUGUAUUCUCACAGUCCCUGCUACAAUGACCAGUCAUGACCUUAUGAAGUUUGUCGCCCCAUUUAAUGAAGUAAUUGAACAAAUGAAAAUCAUCAGAGACUCUACUCCAAAUCAAUAUAUGGUGCUGAUAAAGUUUAGUGCACAGGCUGAUGCAGAUAGUUUUUAUAUGGCGUGCAAUGGCCGCCAGUUCAACUCAAUAGAAGAUGAUGUUUGCCAGCUGGUCUAUGUGGAAAGGGCUGAAGUACUGAAAUCUGAAGAUGGCGCCAGCCUCCCCGUGAUGGACCUGACUGAGCUCCCCAAGUGCACAGUGUGUCUGGAGCGCAUGGACGAGUCCGUGAAUGGCAUCCUCACCACGUUGUGUAACCACAGCUUCCACAGCCAGUGUCUGCAGCGCUGGGACGACACGACGUGCCCCGUGUGCCGGUACUGUCAAACGCCAGAGCCAGUAGAAGAAAAUAAGUGUUUCGAGUGUGGUGUUCAGGAAAACCUUUGGAUUUGUUUAAUAUGUGGCCACAUAGGAUGUGGACGAUAUGUAAGUCGACAUGCGUACAAGCACUUCGAGGAAACCCAGCAUACGUAUGCCAUGCAGCUCACCAACCAUCGGGUCUGGGACUAUGCUGGAGAUAAUUAUGUCCAUCGACUGGUUGCAAGUAAAACAGAUGGAAAAAUAGUACAGUAUGAAUGUGAAGGUGAUACUUGCCAGGAAGAGAAAAUAGAUGCCUUACAGUUAGAGUAUUCAUAUUUACUAACAAGCCAGCUGGAAUCUCAGCGAAUCUACUGGGAAAACAAGAUAGUUCGGAUAGAGAAGGACACAGCGGAGGAAAUCAACAACAUGAAGACCAAAUUUAAAGAAACAAUUGAAAAAUGUGAUAAUCUGGAGCACAGACUAAAUGAUCUUCUAAAGGAAAAGCAGUCUGUGGAAAGAAAGUGCACUCAGCUAAACACAAAAGUGGCCAAACUCACCACGGAGCUCAAAGAGGAGCAGGAAAUGAACAAGUGUUUGCGAGCCAACCAAGUCCUCCUGCAGAACAAGCUGAAGGAGGAGGAGAGGGUGUUGAAGGAGACCUGCGACCAGAAGGAUCUGCAGAUCACCGAGAUCCAGGAGCAGCUGCGUGAUGUCAUGUUCUACCUGCAGACACAGCAGCAGAUCAGCCACCUGCCUGCUGAGACCCGGCAGGAGAUCCAGGAGGGACAGAUCAACAUUGCCAUGGCCUCGGCCUCCAGCCCCCCCUCUUCGGGGGGCAGUGGGAAGCUGCCCUCCAGGAAGGGGCGCAGUAAGAGGGGCAAGUGAUCUUCCAAGAAACGGAUGUCCCUGAGACUGUUUUCCCUGGCACAGCGAGAGUGUGCUGGGGCCUUCGACUAAAUGUGAGGGUGGAUGGACCCUAAGUAAGUACAAGCGAGGAUCAAGCCACAGUUGUUUGGAUCUUUCAUUGCUAGCGUGUGGUGUAAUGUAGAGGGCUGAUGACUAGGAGAGCUGAGGGAAAUGAGCCGUGUUUUCAAAGGUGGCUGCUCUUUAAACCGUAAUAGCUCACUAACCUCAGACAUUCUGAUGACCAUUUUGCCUUCCUACUUGAUAGAUGCCCCUAUUCUGCUGUGCAUUUUUCCGUUGUAUUUAUUGAGUUGGUGUAUUUGAUGUUCAGUUCUGGGGUCGGUUUAAGACGUCACAUUUUUUUUGUAACCUCAAAGGUAAUGUUACCUCUCACUAAAGCACCAAACCUCCCUGAAGUCAUAGCAGCUGCUUUAAAGAGAGGUUCGAAUUGGCUACUGAGGAUUCACGAAAAUUCUCUAGCAUUGGCCUCAUGUUGUUGUCAUCCCUCCCUGCCUCUGGGGAAUUGAAGAAGUGGUUGAAUGUUACAUGAAAAGAGGUUAGGCCUGUAGACCAGGCACUGGCUUGUCACCAGCAGCCAUCUCUUCUUGCUGUAGGGCUAGCCAGGGAAAACAAACAACCCGAGGCAGACUGAGUAGACCCAGUGUAGGAAAAAUGAUGGUGUUUCCACUUUGUUUAUUUUUGAUGACUCCACACCUCAUUAUGAACCUCAAAUAAGGAGGCGGCUUAAUGGUUGCUCCAAGACUCGAAUCUCAGUGUGGAUUUCCUAGCAUCUAGCAAGAAUAAGCAGGCAGAUUUAUCAUCCAUGUGAAAAUGGAGAGUGAGGCCUCUGACUAGCUGAUUGUGUAUUUCGUUGGGAUCAGUAUUUUCUGAACGUUUACAAAAGAUUGGGCUGCAUGUUCAGGUUGCGGCUAGAGGGAGCUUGGGCAGAUUUUCAGUUAUGCUUUCAAGAUAUAACCAAAGGCUGCUCCUAAAUCUGAAAAUUAGAAUUUUAACAGAGCCCCCUUGAAAACACCCAGGUAAUGCUUGUUGUGGGCCAAGAGAGGGGCUGUGUUCUUUCUCUAGCAACGUGAACAUCAAAUAAUUCAUGAUAUGCAGUAAUUGAGCAAAAUUAAAGUAAGACCUGUGUUGGAAUUUAGCUUCCAGAAGAGAUAGCUGGAUAGGUGAACAAGACAUACUGUUAAAUUAUGGGUUUUGUUUUCUGCUUUAUAAUUAGCCAAAGUUUUCAAAUUAUCACAUUUCAGAAUUGUUUUUUAGCCUGUGGUUAGGCCUCAUUCCCUUUGACCUAAAUGUCGUACAUGUUACUUGUUAGCACACCAAGUAUAUCGCUAGUCUCCAUCCAUUUUUGUGGGAUGUGCUGCAGCAUUUCCCAAAGAACCUUACCUGUAACUUUGCGAAAUGAAUGUACUCAGACAUUCGCAGUUUUUACUUAGGGCAGACCAACUCUCUUAAGUCUCCCUUAGACUUAGAUAUACAGAUAGCUUAAAGCAAGAGUGGGAAUGUAAAGCAUAACCUAAUUCUCUUUCCUAUAGAGAUUCUAUUUUAUUUAAAAUCUAUUUUUACACUAGUUAGAAUCCUGCUUUUUUGGCCAAGUAUUUGUCUUGCAUGUCUGACCUUGCAGAAGCUGGGGUGGAUCGCAGCAUACUAAUGAAGAGAGUUAGCAGUAGUUUACAAAGCUUGCUCGCUCCUCAUUUCUCUAUGAUCACCUCCAUCGAGCAGCCCUACCACCAGCUGGGAGAACAGAGAUUUUCAGUACAGGUGGAAUAAACGCUCUGAAAGGCUGUGCCCAGAGGAAUGAGCAAAUAGGCAAAUGUUUCUGAACUACUUGAAGGUUUAAAAAAAUGUUCCAGGAAAAAAAAUCUUAUCAAGAUAUGUAAAGAAAAUGUUUUUUAAAAAAGGUCAAACAGUCAUGUUUGAAUUUGACAGAAUUACAUAAGAUAGAAGCUGUUAGUGAUUUCUUCAGGAUGGAAAUGAACCACUUAACAUAUCCAUACUACCUUGAACAAUGAAGUUGCAUUAAAAUAACCAAACUUUGAAAUGA